AUUUCUUCUACAAACGAAUAUAAACAGAAAAUAUGGUAGAAAUAUGUUAGAAGAGAACACAGUUGCAACGCCGCCGUUUUGUACCUCUUCUUCCUCAGCUCUGCCAUAAGCAUGGGAGGAUCUGAAACCAGUAAGGAGCUUAUGCAGUUGGAGCACAAGAAUCCCUCCACUUCACCUCUAGCUUGAUCCACAGGUUGGCAUGCUAAUCUUACAUUUGAAGCAAGAUUUGGUGUAUAACAGGCAAUUCUAAGAGCUAUGAUAUUGAAUUACUAGAUUGAAAUGAAUCUCAAGUUAUUGAAAUGGACUUGAUCUUCAAACCCCUGAUGCUGUGGCUGCUGCUGAAACUGGACUGUGGGUAGAACGAGAAGAUGAGAGCCAUCUGCAAGCCGCGUUGCGUGCAGCCGCCUUCCAUUCUACAACGCUGUUUGUCGGGGAAGAUUUUGGUGUCUUGUAAUGAACUGGAAUCAUUGUCAUCCUCCUCCCUGGUCGAGAACUUCACCAGAUAUUGCUACCAGAGACAACUGCCCGCGGCCAUGGGAGCUCUGGAAGCCAUGCAACGCCGCGGAGUUUGGGCUAAUUCGAUUACUUACUCGGAGCUCAUUAAGUGCUGCUUGGCUUGUGGGGCUGUUGAACAGGGUAAGCUUGUUCACAAACACCUUUUCUCAAAUGGGUAUCAGCCAAAGACUUUUCUACUCAAUGUUCUGAUUAGUAUGUAUGUUAAAUUUGGUAUAUUGGAGGAAGCACUGGAAGUGUUCAACUUAAUGCCUGAAAGAAAUGUUGUUUCUUGGACAACAAUGAUAGCAGCUUACUCUAAUGCUAAACUCAAUCACAGGGCUUUGGAGUUAUUGGUAUUGAUGCUUAGAGAUGGUUUGAGGCCAAAUAUGUUCACCUACUCCUCUGUUCUGAGAGCAUGUGUGGAUUUAUGGAUUCUUAAACAGCUUCAUUCUAGUAUAAUCAAAGUUGGGUUGGAGUCUGAUGUUUUUGUUCGUAGUGCUCUAAUUGAUAUUUACUCAAAAUGGGGUGAGGUUCAAAAUGCUUUAGGUGUUUUUAAUGAGAUGGUGACUGGAGAUUUGAUUAUUUGGAACUCCAUCAUUGGGGGUUUCUCACAAAACAGCUUUUGGGAUGAAGCUUUGAAUCUGUUUAAGAACAUGAAAAUGGCAGGUAUUGUCGCUGACCAAUCGACACUGACAAGUGUUUUGAGAGCAUGUACAGGGUUAGCGCUUUUGGAAUUAGGUAGACAAGUUCAUGUUCAUGUGUUGAAGUUUGAUCAGGAUCUAAUUUUAAACAAUGCAGUUCUUGAUAUGUAUUGCAAGUGUGGUAGCUUUGAAGAUGCAAACAGUUUGUUCCAUAGGAUGAAAGAGAAGGAUGUAAUCUCCUGGAGCACCAUGAUUGCAGGGUUAGCUCAAAACGGUUUCAGCCAAGAGGCGUUGAAGUUAUUCGAGUCCAUGAAAGUUUCAGGGCCUAAACCAAACUACAUUACAAUUCUUGGGGUCUUGUUUGCCUGUAGCCAUGCUGGUCUUGUAGAAGAUGGUUGGUACUAUUUUCGAUCAAUGAAGCAGCUAUUCGGGAUAGAGCCCACAAAGGAGCAUUACGGUUGCAUCGUUGACCUUCUUGGUAGGGCUGGACAGCUUAACGAAGCAGUAAAUUUAGUUCAUGAAAUGAAGGGUGAAGCUGAUGCCGUUACAUGGAGAACUUUGCUUGGUGCUUGUAGGGUUCACCGGAAUGUAGACCUAGCCAUACUCGCAGCCAAGCAAAUACUAAAACUGGAUCCCGAAGAUGCUGGAGCCUAUAUUCUGCUAUCAAAUAUCUAUGCGAAUUCUCAGAGAUGGACUGAUGUUACUGAAGUUAGAAGGAGCAUGAGAGCCAUAGGAGUAAGGAAAGAGCCGGGAUGUAGCUGGAUCGAAGUUAACAAACAGAUUCAUGCUUUUACUAUGGGAGAUAACUCACAUCCAUUGAUAGACGACAUUAAUAAGCGCCUAAACCAGUUGAUUAAAAGAUUAAAGGAACUGGGAUAUGUUCCAGACACUAAUUUUGUUUUACAAGAUCUUGAAGGGGAACAAAGUGAAGAUUCACUUCGUUAUCAUAGCGAAAAAUUGGCAAUUGUCUUUGGUUUGAUGUCCUUGCCAAAAGAGAAGGUUAUCCGUGUUAGGAAAAACAUCAGGAUCUGUGGAGACUGUCAUGUCUUUGCAAAGCUCUUGUCGAAUCGAGAGGAAAGAAGUAUUGUGAUACGGGAUCCCAUUCGAUACCAUCAUUUUCAAAAUGGCAAGUGUUCUUGUGGAGAUUACUGGUAGAAGAAGAGUCUGCAACAUUUUGGUAGCUUAUGGUCAAUGUUUAUAGUAGACAACAAGUACAAUUAAUUGUUCAUUACUGGCAAAGAUGUGUGUUGAAUUGAAUGACAAAAAUAAAUUAUACAUAAUAAUAUAAUCAAAGUGCAAAUAUUGUAUUAUAAUAAGUGAAGAAGAGAGAACAGUAAAAACUAUUUACUGAGGAAAUAUUACGGUAAGAUCAAGUUUCAUCAAUAUAUGUUAAGAGGUUUGCUCUUAUUUUCUUC